AUGGGUUUGCACAAUAACUCACCAUUAACUCAUGAAAACACGUCCCCGUCGACGGUCGAGAUCAGCUGGGGACAUAUCAAGAAGAAGGGGGAAGCCGCGGCACCGGAUAGUUCGCAGAGCUCGGCGACGCCUCGUCUUGAAAAUGGUUAUUCACAAGAAAAUGUAGCAAGGAAGAAGAGUGGGAGGAGGUGUUCAAAGGAGGAGAAGAAGGCAAAGGAAGUGGUUCAUGUGGAGGCAAGAAGAGGCCAAGCUACUGAUAGCCACAGUGUUGCUGAGAGGUUAAGAAGAGAGAGGAUCAAUGAAAGAAUGAGAUGCCUGCAAGAACUAGUCCCUGGCUGUUACAAGGAAAUGGGCAUGGCUGGAAUGUUAGAUGAAAUCAUAAACUAUGUACAAUCACUGAAAAACCAAGUUGAGUUUCUUUCGAUGAAAUUAUCCGCUGCGAGCUCAUUUUAUGACUUCAAUUUGGAUUGUGAUCAACCCAUGGCAGCCCCACAAGUUCUUCUCUAGAUGAGAACCCUAG